AUGAGUUACAAUCAUCUCUUCAAGAUCGUUGUGGUUGGAGAUCACAAUUGCGGAAAAUCAUGCAUCUUGUUAAGGUUUGCCGAAAACAACUUUCGAAUGGAUCACAUCAGUACAUUAGGAGUUGAUUUCAAAUUGAAGACAAUCAAGUUGGGAAGGGAUAAGAUACGAUUAGAACUAUGGGACACCGCUGGAAUGGAAAGAUACAGGACGAUAUACAACUCAUAUUAUCACUCUGCUCAUGGUGUCAUGUGUGUCUACGAUAUGACAAAUGAGAAAUCAUUCGAAAAUUUGGAAAAAUACUGGCUGAAAGAGAUCAAACAGCACGCUCCAGCAAAUGCCGUUCUGAUGUUAGUAGGGAACAAAGCAGAUUUGGAUCAAGAACGGAAGGUUGACUUCGAUCGCGCUGAAAAACUGGCUUCGCGACUUGGUGUAUCCCUCUACGAAGUAUCUGCGAAAACUGGAAUCAACUGCGAAGAAGCUUUCCACACCCUGACAGCUGCAAUGCGAGAACGACUAACAGCUAGCAGUAUGAACUCGGACGAGUCGGAUGACAAUGAGGAAUUCUCUUCUGCCUUCCAUGUUGAUGGAGUCAUCAAAAGCGACAAGGGGAAGUUCACAUCAUGUUGUGCAAGUGCGCCGGAGCCCGCGUUCGUUUGA